UCUAUAGUGAAUCCCAAAGAAAAUGAUUAUAGAUUAUGAAUUUAUGAUACAGAGGAGGAAAACAGGGGACAUUGGGCAGGAGAAGUCAGAGAGAAACAGGUCAUAUUGUCUUCUCCACUCUUCACAAAAGCCAUUUACAGUCUCUCAUUACAACUUAUCAUUUACCACCGAAUAACAGUCCAUAGCUGUUCAAUUAUGCAACCAUACUAUCCCAUAACUGCAUUGCACAAAUACAAACCAAAUGCUACAUUCUCUUAGUGCAAAUCCAAACCAAACCAACUCCACCAUAAUACUCUUCUUCACCUAAAAAAUGCUGCACAUAAGCUGCAUUUUCUUGAUCUCUCUUCUGAGCUCAUUCUCUCCACUUGGGUUAGCAAUGCUCAACCUAAAUUUGCCUGGUCAGCACCCAAAUCCUGAGGCUGUUGUCCAAGAACUCCAAAGAAGAGUGAAUGAUUCACUAUCAAGAAGACAAAUGCGAUCAACCACCACCACCACAUCCACAUGCCCAACGGGCAACCCAAUCGAUGACUGCUGGCGGUGUGAUCCAAACUGGCAGAAACGCCAGCGCCUCGCCGAUUGCGCCAUUGGCUUCGGCCAAUACGCCCUCGGCGGCAAAGGCGGCCGAAUUUACAUUGUCACGGAUUCCACCGACCAUGACGCCGUCAAUCCCCUCCCCGGCACCCUCCGGUAUGCUGUCAUACAAGAGGAACCCCUUUGGAUCGUCUUCUCCACCAACAUGAUCAUCCACCUCUCCGAAGAACUCAUCUUCAACUCCUACAAAACCCUCGAUGGCCGUGGUGCCGACGUCCACGUCACUGGCGGUGGCUGCAUCACCCUCCAGUACAUCACCAAUGUCAUCAUUCACAACAUCCAUGUCCACCAUUGUUAUCAGUCAGGCAACACUAACGUGCGGUCGAGCCCAACGCACUACGGUUAUAGAACCGAAUCAGACGGCGACGGAAUAUCCAUAUUCGGAGCAAGAGACAUCUGGGUAGAUCACUGCUCGCUCUCAAACUGCAAGGACGGUCUGAUCGACGCAGUGAUGGGAUCGACAGGGAUAACGAUAUCGAACAAUUAUUUCUCGCAUCAUAACGAGGUGAUGUUGUUGGGACACAGCGACGAUUACUUGCCGGAUUCGGGAAUGCAGGUGACGAUAGCGUUCAAUCAUUUUGGAGAGAAGUUGGUGCAGAGGAUGCCGAGGUGUAGGAGAGGAUUUAUACAUGUUGUGAAUAAUGAUUUUACUCAAUGGGAGAUGUAUGCCAUUGGUGGGAGUGGAAGUCCUACUAUUAAUAGCCAAGGGAAUCGUUACAUUGCUCCUUUUAAUUCUAAUGCUAAAGAGGUAACAAAGAGAGUGGGGACAGAGCAAGAAGAAUGGAGAGAUUGGAAUUGGAGGAGUGAGGGGGACAUUAUGGUAAAUGGAGCAUUCUUUGUGGCAUCUGGUGCUGGUGUUGAGAUCAAGUAUGAGAAGGCUUACAGCGUGGAGCCCAAAUCUGCUUCCUUCAUUGACCAGCUCACCUUGAAUGCCGGUGUCCUUGGUUCCAGGUCCAUUCUCUCUCUCUCUCUCUCUCUCUCUUUUUCAUUUUCUUUUUCUUUUUCCUUUAACGAAGCCAAUAUUAUGUUGGGCUGGCCCAAAUUGAGCCAGUGGGCCUAAAGGUUACCCUUGGGU